AGAUUGGUGGUGAGUCGUGGCACCAGAUUGCCUGGGCUUUUCUUCGGACGGGGGGAGAUGGGUCCAGAUUACAGGGGGCGGAGGGAGAAGUGGGAGGGAGUGAGGCUAGGGGAAUGGAGGAGAAAUGGAGAAACAUUGGAAAAGUCUGUCGCCUUCAGCUGUACUGCUAUCCAAAGCGCCGUCGCAGUAAGCCUCUGUCCAGUAUAUCAGAGAUCUGGGAACUUUGGCGUAGCUACAAGAGGAAGCCAUAUCCCAGCACUCUGUACGUCACUCUCAACGAAGCCACACCCACCAGGAUCCAGACCACACCCACAACCAGAUCCAUGAACCCCUCCCAACCUACAAGAAUUUCACCAUUUAAAUGUUGCAGAAAGACUUGCCCCCCAAAAAGUGUUGCCGAGGUCGGCGGAGAGUCAGUGGAACAGAUGAUGGGCAGACUCCACACACACUCACGGAGAACUGUAGAGCCAGUAAAGAAGUUGGUGAGCGUCCCUGUUCGUCUCCCUGGUCACACCUGUCACCUCCCCACAUCUCUCCACUCCCACCUUCACCCUCCCGGCCACGCCACCGGGUGCUCCGUCCUCUCCUUCUCCCCCGACGGACACUACCUCGGAGCUGGCUACACUGCAGCUCCUCAUAAAGACAGAUACACUCUUGUUGUCUAUGAGGUGUCCACUCUGUCAGUGGUCCUGUACUCGGAUGCCCAUCGAGGCUACAUAUACUCUCUGAGCUGGUCACAUGACAGUCACAUGAUCAGCACAGCCUCUGCUGACGGUCUUGUCAAGGUGUUCUCUCUUGCCUCUGGUGAUGAGGUGGCGUCCCUCCCUCACCCCUGCUACAUGUACACCGUCUGCUUCAUCCCUCCUCCACCACCCCUCACCCCCACCUCCACCCUCCACACUCCCCCCUCCUCCCCCCUCCCUCGCAUCUCCUAUCACUCUUCACUGGUGGCUACGAUAGAGCUAUUCCUGGCUCAAGAAUUGAAAGGUCACAGAGGUCAUGUGAACUCCAUUUGUGUGGCUUCGUCCGGUGAAGUGAUGUUCUCUGGUGACAGUGUAGGGGAGGUGAUGGUGUGGAGUAGGGAGGAGCCUGAUAAAAAUCUCUGGUGCUUGCAGAGGGCCGUAUCCACACAAAAGUCCCCAGCUCCAGUUCUGUCCCUGUGUCUACACCCUGGAGGAAAGAGACUGUUGGUUCACACAACCACUGGCAGACUGGCCAUGAUAGACCUGAGAGUGUAAGCUUCCCUUUCAGUUCUAACAACUGUUGUGCACAAGGGUGUCGGACAAAAAUGUUACUUUGCCGUUCCUAGGCCUAACGUUAAUUGGCGGUUGCGUUGCGCGGGUCGUUGAGUUCAAACGUGUGUGCGUGCAGCCUUGUCAGCUUUUUCUCGUGCGUGGAGCUUGCUGGCUGAUGGAGACGUCUGCUGUCUUGGAAAGCACGUCUACAGCGAACCGAAAACGUCCUCAGUCAGUGGGGCACGAAGGAGCAGACAACUCGAGCGUAGAGGGCGGAGCUCGCGCAAACGCAGGCGAAAACGGAGGUAGCGGCCUUGACGACCACCGAGGCUCCCUUUGCCCGCCGCCUACCAAGAGAGCCACCACCGUCAGUGCCGCGAGCCCCGAGGAGGAGAACGGUUCGUCCAGUGAGCAGUCUGAGCUGGAGGAGCAUGCUCCGGGGAGCAACCAGACGGCCAAGUCCAACAGGUGGGCGAUGACUCACUUCUGCAGGUGGCUGGAGGACCACAACGAACGCCACCCCGAGGACCCUGUCCCCGUGGACCUCCUCAAACGGCACAAGGAGCCCGAGCUACUCAACAAGUGGCUGGCUCGCUAUGCCAAUGAGGCUCGGAGACUCGACGGUAAACCCUAUCCUGCAACCUCGGUCUACUUCCUACUGGCAGCCCUCGUCCGACAGAUGCGGAGCGAAGACCCGUCCACUCCAAAUUUCCUCACCUCCUCCAACAUCCAGUUCAAGCCGCUCCACGACUCACUCGAGAGCACCUUCCGCAGACUGCGAGAAGAGGUCCCGAACGAACCGAAAAACCCUCCGCCUCUGACACACGAGGAGGAAGAGCGUCUCUGGUCCUCGGGCGCUCUCUCGUGCAACAGUCCAAGGGGUCUCAUGCGUGCCGUGUAUUUCCUCAACGUUAAGUACUUGGGUCUGACGGGCGGCAACAAACACCGCCUCCUCAAACUCAGCCAGUUCAAACGCCUCAAUAACCCGCCUUGCUACGUGUACUCCUACACUGAGCCCUCCUUGAGUGUCUUUGAGAAGGGGACAAAUUCUUCAACCUCGGUUUGGAUCCGAAAAAGAUCAGAGUCGUCCCAGUCGAGUUUAGUAAGGACAGUGACUUUGAACGCUGCACCUGAGAUGGGAACCAGGUGCUAUGUGUUUGUUCUUGACAACUACCUCCAGAGGGUUCCGCCAGAGGCUUUUGCGAAAGACACGUUUUAUCUCCAACCGCUCGGACACACUUUGGCCAAUGUUCCGCACUUGUGGUACAGCCUGAAUCCAAUGGGCAAGAACGCGCUGAGUAGAUUAGUGAAGGAGAUGUGUAGCGAUGCAGGCAUCACUGGUGCGAGGAAUUUGAAGGUAAUAAAGAAUUCUGCAGGCCACAGAGGCCCCGAGAAUAUCGAGCCGUCGGCGGUGGCAACGACAGGGGUGUCCCCCCAGCAGGGGUCAAUGGUGCUGUCCCCGCAGAUUGUCAUUCCUCCGCUGUCGUUUCUGAUGCAGGGGGCAAUGCAGGUACCUCCUCUUCCCUCCCCUACUACUGACACUCCCACCACCCCAGUCAACUGGGCCGGGGAGGUAAGUCUGGCCUCUCUCUCACAGCUCUCACAGAAAAUUAUCCAACAAUUGCAGCCCAUUGCUCCUAAACUGCCCCCAAAUUCAGUAGGACAGCAGUCAACUAGACGACAACGGUCCCAACCGGUCAACACUGGGCAAGCACCACCUAUUAUUCAAGGGGGUGUUACCCACCACCCAAACGCUGCUCCCAACCUGCACCUAAAUCUACAGCCCACCGCUACCACCACGUCAACUAUUAAUGCCCCCAACUCCACUCUACCUCGCACACCCACACCAACACAGCCUCGCACAGCCCCUUCCAAUCGCCCACUGCCCCCGCAAUCACUUUCAAUGCAUAGUUCCACGCAAACUGUCCCACAAAGCACACAACAGGUUCCAGUAAAAGGAAAGUCUACUACGUCACGAGGAGACCCAAACCACCAAUCUACUCCACAGCAUCCGAACGAGGACUCUGGCUCACCUGGUCCGACUGAGCAACAGGAAACGCGGUCAAUUCACCUUCCACCACCAGUGUGCUCCUGUCAGCGCCAUGGGGCUCCACAACAACUGACCUUCAAUAACUGCCACGUCACGAUCUAUUUGACGCCACCUCCAAACCCAUAGUUCACCAUUACUUAUUCUGAGCUUGUGUUCCGCAGUUUAUUCAGCCAGCUGUAUUUAUACCACCCCCAGUGAUAUACA